AUGAAGCUGUCGCCUUUCUGUCUCGUUGCGCUUGCUCUGUUCGCGCCGGUUGCCCUCAACGGAAGGCUCGUCAAGGGGGCUGCGACGGCCGAGAUCCCCGAAGCUACAAGUACCCUCCAUGGGUUAAUGGACAGCAUAUGUGUGCAGGAGUUUGCCCGCGCUUGUCUUGUGAAUCCUCACUUCUGUGUCGGCGCGGUGGCCCGUCGAGACGUUGGCAUCGAUGCCGCUGAAGGGGAGGCCUGGAGGUGUUACUCUACUGUAGAGUUGGACUUUUCUGCGGCGAAACGUUCCUGCGUGAACGACUGUGGGGAACUCAUUGAUUGUGUUGGAGCUGUUAACGGCAUUUCACGAGAGCAUCUCACUGCUACGACCGAACUUGAGCGGCUGCUCCAGGAAGUACAGCCAGGGAUGUGCAAGAUUCAUGUACGGUACACAACUGGUGCAUCUUAG